AUGACCACCUCUACCUCAACCGCGAGCUCCUACCCAGGCCCUGGUGUCUACUUCCUCAAAAAUGUAGCAUCCGGGACAGUCGUGGAUCUUACGAAUGGAACUUUGACCGGACGGUACUAUCACAUAUCUCCCAUUCCGAUCAUGUUUAAAACACAACUGAGAACUCUACAGAGCAUCCAAUUUAUCGGCGUUCCUUCUCUUAGUGCUGCGCAGACGUGGCAGAUUGCUGCGGUUAGCCCGAGCCAGGUUAUCAUUUUGAACAGUACUACGGGGGAAUAUAUCAAAGCUCCGGCUGGUAGGUCAUUUAUGAAUUUGGUCUUGGUGAUGUUAUCUCUGCUAUCAUGAGAGUUGGAAACCCCUGUGCAGAAAAGAGAUUACUUUGUUGGUUCUGGUGAUGAUUUGAAAACUGACAGAAUUAUGAUAGAUAACUCCCAAAAUCCCUCAGCGGGUACUGGAGCUCCCAGUGAGCGCCGGAGUCGAUUUGAGGUCGAAGCGAGGAGUGAUGGAAGUGUGAUGUGA